CAAAUAUUCAAUAAUAAUUAUUUGAUUAAUAUGGAACCUACCAAAGCAAGCAGCGAGGAGCAAAAGAACGUGUUUGAGAAUAUUGAGACCACAUUUUCAACAACUGACAUCAGGACAGUCUACAAAUUCAAGAAAUUGAUCGGAGGUGGCCAUUUCGGCACAGUGAGAGUGGCCUACCGAAAGACUGAUCCUGAAAAAUAAGUACGCAGUUAAGAGCAUCCUGCGAGAAAGCAUGAAGAAAGAUGUUGCCAUGCUAGAGUCUGAGAUCAACAUCUUAAAGGAGUUAGACCACCCCAACAUUGUGAGGUUUUACGAAACGUAUAUUGACUACAAAUACAUCCACAUUGUCAUGCAGCUGUGCACUGGUGGAGAACUCUUCGACAGGAUUGUCAAGCUUGAGAAGUUUUCAGAAAAAGAUGCCUCAGACUUAAUGAAGAAGAUUUUGUCAGCAGUGCAGCAUCUCCACGAACAUAGCAUUUGCCACCGAGAUCUGAAGCCUGAAAACUUUUUAUUCAAGAAUAACAAAGAGAAUGCAGAAAUUAAAAUUAUCGACUUCGGGCUGUCUAAGAAGUUCUCGAAGCUAGAGACAGACAUGACAACCAUCGUGGGGACACCUUUCUAUGUGGCACCCGAGGUCUUGUCUGGCAAUUACGACACCCAGUGUGACUUGUGGAGCUGCGGUGUAAUCCUCUAUGUACUACUAUGAGGAUAUCCUCCAUUCGAUGGAGACAGCAACAAAGAUAUUUUCAGAGCAAUCAUCAAGUCUAAGCUUGAAUUUGAUGAAGAAGAGUGGGGUAACAUAUCAGACGAGGCUAAAGACCUCAUAGCUCAAUUGUUGACUAAAGAUCCAAAAGAACGUGUUAAAGUAUCAGCAGCACUGAACCACGUCUGGUUUAAAAAGUGGGAAGAUGAUGAGGUAGACACCAAUGAAUUUCAGACCAAAUAUCUGAAGAGACUAAAGAAUUACAGGGCUCCUAACAGACUGCAGUACGAAGUCCUUUCUUUCUUGAUGAAGAACCUGGACACCUCAGAAAGAGUCAAGAUAAAGGAGGUUUUCAGAAGUAUAACUGCAAAAAGCUCAGGAGACCUCACUUUCCAGGACCUUGAAGAAGCAUUUGGAGAAGUAGGCAUCGACGGGGCUACAGAACACAUAGAAGAAUUAAAGAAAUGACUAGACUUCGAUAAAGAUGGCAAGAUCAAGUACACAGAUUUCCUAUUGGCAACUAUUAACAAAAAUGAGGCCCUCACAGACGCUAAUAUUCAGUUUGCAUUCCAUCAUUUCGAUACUGAUAACAAUGGGUUAAUCACUUUGGAUAAUCUCGUUGAGGCAUUCCAUAGAGAAGGAAAGGGGCUUUUAGAGGACGAUAUCAAGGAAAUCUUAACUCAAGCUGAUAUCUCCAACUCUGGAGAGAUUACGUUAGAGGACUUCACAAAGUUAAUGAAAUAUGAUCCUUCCAAAAUUCAUCAUAAAGACUAAAAAUAGCCUGAAUCAGCAUUCAUAUUCAAAAUUAUUAUGCUUUGAAGUUUAAUCUAA